AUGGUUCAAAUCAAACGCCGUGCCAUCCGCAUCGCGUUGCAUCUCCAGCAACCCGAAUUACUGCGUCCAUCAACAUCCUCUUCUCCUUCUCCCUUCCUUCUGACUGCACCGCUUGUGUCCGCGAAGCUGGGGGAUACCAUCGCAGCGUUGUACGGGACAGAAGGCCUCGUCUCGUUCUCCACUGUCGACGUGGUGUUCAUCGAGCGUAACAGUGUAACCACUCGCUUCAUCGUGCGCUGUCCCCGCUCGUUCCUUCCUUGUAUGCGCACGGCCAUCGCUGCCAUACGUUCCAUCCAAGAUUGUCCCGUCUCUGCAGCCAUCGAACAUGUAUCAGGGGGCUGGGAAGGCAAGCGGGAUCUGACCAUUGCACCUUGA